GGAAAUGUCACUUCCGAAAACACGUGCAACAACUCAAAUGGAAAGUUAGGUGAGCCUUCAGCCUCUGUUGGGCUUCCCAAUAGUAAUGGACCAACCAACAACUCCUCUUCUGCGCCACCUGGAGGGCCACCACUUAAUGGAAAUGAACUCACUGGCCAACUGCCUAAUUGUACAGAUGAGGCUUUGAUUGCCAACGCAAUAGGAGGUGCUACUGGCGGACUUGCAUCAAACUAUGCUGCAGCUGCUGCCAAGGCUGCCGCCAGCGCAGUUGUCACUGAACGUCAGUUGGCCGAGGUCGCUGCGCAUGCUCGAGACCUUGAGACAACACUUGCCACUAUGCAGAAAGAAUUAUGUAGAGGCCAAGAACAGGUGUGUCCUAGUCUGCAUGUUUAG